CCCAAUUACCCACCGACAUGUUAUUUUUGUCCGUGGAAUCAACUUUGUUGACUUUCUAGCUCUUGACUAAUCGCUCCCACCUCUCUAGUUGUCCAAGUAAUGGAUUGCAGGAAACGUGGUGCCCCAUCGGGCCGAUGUGCUGCAUUGACGGGACCAUCCAACGCUUAAAUGUGGGGAAAGGAAGAGAGGGGAAAAAGAGUUGAGAACUGAUAGCAAUCCAGAUAACAGCGAUAAUUAGUCAAGCGUCAGGGGCUUGACUCUUUGGGUCCCACAACCGGUUCGUAUCCGCUCACUUUUGCCAGGGAUCAUGGCACGCGACCGUACACACCACAUCGUCUGCAGUUCCCGUCCCUGCUAGUGGGAAUGAAUCUCUUCUACACAAGACGGCAAAAGGUCAAUACACUGUCAAAGUCCAAUCGGAAUCUGUGGGGGGUAUAGCUUGCAUGUCCGUGCGUUCGUUCAUUCAUCGUGGACCCACGCCAUCAACAUCAAUUCCGCGGGCAACAAGACCACCGGUUUCUAAGAACAGCGUGUGCGUGGAUCGGCACCACGACUAAACCUGAGAGCCAAAAUUGACGGGCGCAGUACCUGUAGUCGGUAUUGUUUAAUUCAUCCCUCAUUGAGGGUGUGCGACAUGUUCAUUAGCCUGUCAAAUGGCGCAAGGAAAGGACCGCAGUGGGUUACAACAUCGUUCGGAAGACCGCUCCAAUGCGAGACGGUCCAUCGUAGCGUGUAAUCGAUGUCGCAACAGAAAAACCCGUUGUGCUGGCAAUCCACCGUAUCCAUGCGCUGCAUGCGAGGACGCCGGGCAAGUGUGUGUCUACUCCGAAGCUGAGAAGCGUGUUUCCAUUCCCGAAAGUUAUUAUCGUCAACUCCAAUCUCAAGCGCGAGCUCAACUUCAGGCCCAGACCCAGACCAAUGCAUCCCGUUCACAGGACAGCCGCCAGUCUUCACUGUUCACCACUGCUAGCCCUGUCCAAUCCACCCCGUACACCAGUACCGAGGUGCCUCUUGACCGUGAUGACUGGUGGUAUCAGGGCACCGAUCACUUAUUCCUGAACCGGUCCGGAGAACACCAAUUUGUCGGUGCAUCGUCGGCUACCCAUUUAGCGAAACGGUUGAAUCCAACCUCAACUAAUCUAGCGUGGGAUGUCCGUCCGCUAUAUGAUGAUCCUUCAUCGCUACGUCGGUCGAUGACACGGGGCCUUCCUCAACUACCACCUCUUGAAUUUGCUAAGCGGUUGUUCUGGGUCCAGUAUGCCUACAUUGGGACGAUAUUCUCCCUCAUUCACCCGCAGGACUUCGAGGAACGACUACAGGUUGUAUACAACCAACCGCCCGACUUCUCCAACCGAGAAUUAUGCCUAGUUUACUGCCAAGCUCUGCUCGUCAUAGCGUUUGGUCUCAUGUACUCGGUAAACCAAUGGUCCGGAGAUGAUGGCCCGCCGGGCUUCAAGUACUUCAAACAUGCCCUGCGCUUUUUACCCGAUAUCCAUGAAGAAGGCUCCAUAUUCUUUGUGGAGGUCCUAUGCUAUGUGGCGUAUUAUAUGCAGAACCUCAACCGGCGAGAUGCUGCCUUCCUCUAUAUCGGUCUUGCCCUCCGCAUGGCAAUAUCAUUGGGUCUUCAUCAGGAGGUUUCAGACCCAGCGAUUAGUGAAGAAGACCGAAACCGUCGGCGCCGAGCUUGGUGGUCUGUGUACAGUCUGGACCGACUAUUGUCAGUAAAAUCGGGGAAUCCGAUCACCAUACAAGACGAAGAUAUCGGAACUACAUGGCCGAUUCCAGCUGAAGCUUCCCCCGCGGUUCCAUGGCCAUCAGUUGUGCUUACAUAUUAUACUCAGCUGUCUAGGAUUUUAGGCAGAAUUGGGGAAGAAAUUUAUCGCAAGAAACCUCGAUCCGGCUCAAACUUAUUAGCAUCCGUCCAAAGUAUUACGAACGAUUUGUCUGAAUGGCUGCGACGGAUACCCGACCGGCUGCGCAUUGAUUUUUCGGCCUUGGAUACUCAUAUUAACCGUGAGCUGGUGUCGAUCUUCUUACACUUUUACUCCUGCGUGAACAUGACAGCUAGGCCGUUGGUCUUCUAUGUGAUCCAGCGGCGAUUGGAUGCCGAAGCACGAGGUUCUGCUACAGAGGACUGGAAGGACGGUCUAUCUCAAAACACGGUAGCUGUGAUCGACAGCUGCAUAACAGCAGCGCGGGCUACUACGGUGAUAAUGGAUGCCGCUGCGAAGCACAAUUUGGUCGCCACGUAUGGAUAUCUGGACGGGGAGUAUAUCUUCUCUGCUGCCCUUCUUCUGGUGAUGGUGAAUGCUGCAUUCCCACAUAACGAAACAAAUGCCCGAGCGAUGGAAACGGCAUUGAAUCUGCUUCGCGGCAUGGCGGACCGUGGAAAUACGUACCUCGGCUCGCGUCAUUCACUGUUACUUGAACUGCAGUCCGCCAUUGGUCCGAAUCGUACGAGAAGAGAGGAAGCCAUGCUUGAGCUUCCUGUCACUCCAAAUAGUACGCAGCGGCCAACACCAUCCACGAACGUGGUUGACGAGCAUCCUCCGGCACUGUCACCGUGGCCACUGCAACAAGAUCUACCAACGAUGCGGGACAUUAAUUUCAACUUUGACAUCAACGACGACCCAGGACUGUGGGAAGAAGUUUUACAUCAGAUUGAUAUUGAUAUGGAUACUGACUGGAUUGAGAACACGCUAAGAAAGUGAUGACGUUGGACUCCAGUUUCCAGCCACCAGGGCAAUGUAAAGACCAGCUCUGUGGUUAUGGACUUUGGACCGAGAGUGGACAUGACCUGAUGAAGCUUGUGCCCUUCUGUGUCCAGCUUGUAAUGAUUUCUACAACAGCCUAUUUCUUGGAUUUCAUAUCCUUU